AUGAAUCCCAUUUCAAGCCUCGUCUUUGUGCUUCUUUUGACUGUCUUCCCAACCCAAAUUCUUUGCCAGACCGCCUUGAUUGAACAAGCUUGUGGUUACACCAUUUACAAGGUUCUGUGCCUAGAAACUCUUGUACCGGACUCUGUGGCCCAUUCAGCUAGAUAUCUCAAGACUUUAGCCGUAGUUUCAUUAAAUCAUACAAGGAAUUUCGCUGAUGAGGUAGAUUACAAAAUUGACGAACUGAGAGAUUCAGCAGCGGAAGGGCCCGUGAAGCAAGCCCUAAUCAAUUGCUCUAAAAGAUAUUUUACUGUAGUUGAGAAACUUCAGGCCGCGGUAACUUCCACCGCACAGGGCAACGUUGUUGCUGCUAAAUCCCGGCUGACAGAGGCCACGGUCAAUAGACAAACGUGUGACAAAUAUUUCCAGGGUAAACCCUACGUGUCUCCAAUAUCUGACUUGGCUACCAAACUUAGCCAGAUGCAAAACAAUGCAGAAGCCAUUGUCGCUCACGUCUAA